AUGUCAGUUGUUAAUUCUGUUAUUGUCCCAGCUUAUCACGAAAAGUUGAAUAUUAAACCAUUGACUACAAGAUUAUUUGCAGCCUUGGGCAACGAAGGCUCAAAAACCACUGAAUUGAUCUUUGUUGAUGACAAUUCUCAAGAUGGUUCAGUUGAAGAAGUUGAAAAAUUGAAGAAAGAAGGUUAUAAUGUUAAAAUCAUCGUCAGAACCGAUGAACGUGGUUUAUCAAGUGCUGUUUUAAAAGGUUUCUACGAUGCACAAGGUGAAUAUUUGGUCUGUAUGGAUGCUGAUUUACAACAUCCACCAGAAAGUGUUCCUCAAUUAUUAGACUCUUUAAGAUCCCAUCCAUUUGUUUUAGGUACAAGAUAUGCACCAGGUGUUGGUAUUGAUAAAGAUUGGCCAUUACACCGUAGAGUUAUUUCAACUACUGCUAGAGCAAUGGCUAAACCAUUGACCACUGCUUCUGACCCAAUGAGUGGUUUUUUCGGUUUACAAAAGAAGUACUUGUUGAAAGCCAAUGAUAAAGACAUUAAUAAACAAGGUUUUAAAAUUGCCUUGGAAUUAUUGGCCAAGCUUCCAUUACCACAAGAUCAAUCAAUCGGCGAAAUUCCAUUUUCAUUUGGUGUUAGAACUGAAGGUGAAUCAAAAUUAUCUGGUAAAGUUAUUAUCCAAUAUUUAGAACAAUUGAAGGAAUUGUACGUAUUCAAAUUCGGUGCUAAUAACUUAAUUAUCUUCUUAGCUGUAUGGACAUUGAUUGCUUUGUUUAUCUUAUACAAGCUAUAUCAAUUAGUCUUUUAA